AAAUGUUUGCCGUCAUUGAGGAAAUUUUGGGGUAAAGCUCGAGCCCUACCUCCGUUCGUGUUGCCGAACCAUAACGGAGAAUAUUUUCAGAAUAUCACUGGUCUUCAGGUCACCAAUCCAACAUUUUCAACGCAAGUUCAAAUGUCUUGGAGGUCCAUCAUUGACAGCAGCCCUUCUGGUAUUUUGAAGUCAGACAGCAACCGUUCGAUUAAUGCCAGGACGUCAGCAUUGGCGACGCGACUAUCACAGUUGGAUUUCGAGAGUGACACGACGCGACGUCAUCCUCGGUUGAACCAAGUGUUAUGGGCUUUCGAGUGGGACAAACACGUGCCGUUGGUGAGUGUCUAUCUCGAAAGUGCAAAACAUAUUACGAAUUCGCACAUGGUUGACUUGCGAAUUGCUUCUUUCUUGCUCCCCAAAUCGUUC